AUGAAUGCUGUAAGGGGCUUUUCAAGAGUCCGCAAUUUCUCCCAGUUGAGACCACUUCUCAACGCAGAGUCCCAUGUUAAAUUUCUAUCAAACUAUUAUUCCAAAGAUAUUCUUGAAAGUAUCAAACUAGCUGAAUCUGUGGUUGAACCAGAGCAUUAUAAGGGCAAGAAGCUUCCCAACAUUGAAUUUGCUCCUCACUAUUUAGACGAUUACUCGUCAUAUGAUCCGUUCUGGGAUUACAGUACCACUAAACAAACUGAUUUUGAACAAGCACAACAACCAAUUCCUAGAGAUAUCCCAGAAGGUUAUUCACUGCCUACAGGUUCUAACAGUAACCCUACACAGCUUUUGGCAAAGGGAUUGGCUAAACUGACUGGUUUGGACCCUGAAUACAUCACCAAAUUGACUGUAAGACCUCUUGUACUGAAAACAGUCACCAAUCAAACAGCAAAGGGUAAGAUUAGAUCUUUCUACUCUUUAGUCGUUGUCGGUGAUAAGAAUGGUAUGGUAGGAAUAGGUGAAGGAAAAGAUUCUGCAGAAAUGUCUAAAUCCAUUAGAAAGGCACAUUGGAACGCCGUCAAGAACUUAACACAUAUCCCUCGUUUUGAAGACAGAACCAUCUACAACGAUGUGGAACACAAGUACGGUGCAACCUUGGUGAAGCUAAGAGCCGCCCCAUCAGGUUCAGGGCUAAGGGUUAACCACAACAUCUUUGAAAUUUGUGAGUGUGCUGGUAUUAAAGAUUUGGCUGGAAAAGUAUACAGAUCAAGAAAUAGCAUGAACGUUGCCAAAUGUGCCAUUGAAGCCCUACAAAGGCAAGUAACUUUGGAAGAGCUUGCUGCUCAGAGAGGUAAAAAGAUUGUCGAUUUGAGAAAGAUAUAUUACUCCAGUUAA